AUGGAUGUUGAAUCCCUCCUCAACCAACUCACCCUAGAGGAAAAGGUCCAACUGACCGCCGGUGUUGGAUGGUGGCACACAGCGGCUAUUGAACGCCUGGCCAUCCCUCCAAUCCGACUAUCCGAUGGACCCAACGGCGUUCGAGGCACCCAUUUCUUUGACAGCACGCCAUCUGCUUGCCUACCAUGCGGAACCGCAUUAGGCUCCAGCUGGAAUGUGGAUUUGAUCCAUCGUCUGGGUCAGCUGCUUUCAGAUGAGGCCCACGCAAAGGGUGCUCAUGUUCUGCUUGGACCUACUGUCAAUAUCCAACGUGGACCUCUUGGAGGAAGAGGCUUUGAAUCAUUCUCUGAAGACCCUCUCCUGUCAGGAGUGUUGGCUGGUCACUAUGUCCGGGGCCUCCAGAGCUCAGGUGUCUCUGCUACCAUGAAGCACUUUGCCUGUAAUGACAUGGAAAGUGCACGCAUGGCCGUGGAUAUUCAAGUCACAGAGAGAGCCCUUCGAGAAGUGUACCUUCUUCCCUUCAUGAUUGCUGUGGAAAUGGCAAACCCACGGCUAUUCAUGACAGCCUACAACAAGAUCAACGGCACCCAUGCUCCCGACAACGAGCAUCUCCUCCAAGAGAUCCUCCGUGAUGAGUGGAAGUGGGAUGGUCUAGUUGUCAGUGACUGGUUUGGCAGCUACAGCACUGCUGAGGGUAUCAACGCUGGUCAAGACCUCGAGAUGCCAGGCCCCAGCAGAUGGCGCGCUGGUGCCCUUGUUCAUGCAGUCACAUCAAACAAGGUCAAGCGUUCAACAUUGGAUGAGCGUGUACGGAAGAUCUUGCAGCUUGUUAAGCACUCUAUCGAGAAGACUUCAAUUCCACCCAACGCGCCCGAGACUCAGCUCAACAGCCAAGAACACAUCCGUCUGCUGCGAGAGGCUGCCGCAGAAUCUGUGGUACUCCUCAAGAACGAGAACAACAUUUUGCCACUGAACCCUAAGAAGAAGGUGGCUGUCAUUGGCCCAAACGCAGACAUGAGCUCCUACUGCGGAGGUGGAAGUGCCAGUCUUCGAGCUUACCACACUAUCUCUCCACUCGAGGGUAUCGAAGGCCUCGCGAGCGACGUCGUGUUUUCUAAGGGAAUCUACGGACAUCGGUCACUGCCUCAAAUUGGCAAGCUCUUGCGAACAGUCGAUGGCAAGCGCCAAGGAUUCGCUCUGCGCGUGUAUAAUGAGCCAAGGCCUAGUUCCGGAGAUGAUACAAGGCGUGUCAUUGAGGAGAGAUUCCUCGAUGAUGCCAAUGUUUGGUUCGUUGACUAUGAGAAUCCCGAGUUGGCCGAGGUCUGGUACGCAGAGAUUGAGGGCGUCCUGACUCCAGAGAAGUCUGGUGUGUGGGACUUUGGUCUCUCCGUUCACGGCACUGGUGAAUUCUUCAUCGACGGCGAGUUGGUUGUCUCCAAUGCUAUCAAUCAGACACCAGGAAGCUCGUUCCUUGGAUGUGGCACCAUCGAAGAGACAGGUGCCAAGGAGCUGGAGGGUGGCAAGGAAUACAACCUUCUCGUUCGCUGGGGAUGCGAUAAGACAUCCGACCUCAAGGUGUCUGGCGUUGUUGACUUUGGCCAAGGAGGUCUGCGGCUGGGAGGUUGCCCCAGACUUGAGCAACCCGCAGCUUUGAACGAGGCUGUUGAGCUCGCAAAGACCGUGGACCAGGUUGUACUGUGCGUGGGAACAAGCGGCGAGUGGGAAAGCGAAGGAGAAGACAGACCCAGCAUGUCUCUUCCUCCUGGUAGCGACGAGCUCAUCUCCGCUGUGCUUGCGGCGAACCCUAACACAGUGGUUCUCAUCCAGAGCGGAACUCCUGUGUCUAUGCCGUGGGUUGACCAAGCCAAUGCUAUUGCACAGGCGUGGUUUGGUGGCAAUGAGGCCGGUAACGGAAUUGCUGACGUGCUGUUUGGUGUCGUGAACCCGGCUGGAAAGCUUCCCAUCACGAUGCCUCGCCGCGUCGCUGAUAACCCCAGCGCUUUGAACUUCCGCUCAGAAGGUGGUCGCGUCCUCUAUGGCGAAGACGUCCAUGUCGGCUACCGUUGGUACGACACUCUGGAUAUUGAGCCCCUGUUCCCGUUCGGCCACGGUCUGUCGUACACAACUUUUGAGCUCUCUCAAAUAAGCGUCAUCCCAGACACAGAAAAGCAAGAGGUUGUCGUGUGGGCCAAGGUAGCAAACACAGGCUCUCGAGCAGGCGCUGCUGUGCUGCAAGCCUAUGUCAAGCCACCAUCAGCAACACCUCUCACAGCUUCGGCCCGCGACACAAUUACAAGGUCAAGCAAGGAGCUCAAGGGCUUUACCAAGGUCCAUCUCGAGCAGGGAGCCAACACUAUCGCAGAGAUCAAGGUGGAUCUGCUCCGAGCAACGAGUUACUGGGACGAGAGGGAGGAUUGCUGGCGCAGCGAGGCCGGGGAGUACACGGUCCUUGUGGGGACCAGCAGCCGAUGUGAUUUCCUAGAACAGUCGUUUACAGUUGAGAAAUCCACAGCUUGGAGAGGACUCCGGGGAUAA